AUGGGCGAAACCAAUACCAUCCAUUUGAAGGUGGAGGAAGACGUCCCUGCGGAGCUUGAAGCCUUUGUCCGUCUAUCACACUUUGCACUUUUCGACCAGGCCAGAGAGUGGUUUGACGGGUGCCUCCGUGAUCAUUUGGCUGAGUUCCCUGUCGCACUUGAGUAUGCGGAUAUGCUCCUACGGCAAGGUUCAUACCGGGAGGUCGAGGUCCUCGAUCUUCACAGUCCGGACACUGCAGGUCUUCCAGAGCACAAUGACAUAGACCGACUUUGGGGGCUGCUUGAACAGCUUGCCAUCAUGCAUUUGCAAGGACCGACAUCCGAUGCCUUGGAAGACGCCAUGGCAUGCUUCGACUACCUACGUUACAGACGGGUAGGUGGGGAUGCACGCCCGAGCGCUCUCGUGAUACAUAUGCUGGAGGUGUACCUACAGAUUGUUGUGGGUGCUCACGGGACCUCCAUGUGGCCUGAGGGGAAAGAGCUAUAUACAAAUCCUCCUUGGUGUCAGUCCGAUUUACCGGCAUGGAGGGGCUUUGGCGCGUGGUACGCUGACUUGAGGGAGUGUAACCAUUUUUGGGAAGCACAGAGAAUCUUGACUAUCCUUCUGCCUGUCCUCCCAUUUAAGGACGCGAUCGAUAUGUUUAUGAAGCCGGAUCAGUUUGGGCUCGUGGUGGAGAACAUCGACCAAGGAUCCUUUGAUGAAACUCUAGUUUUAUCAGACUUGAUGUCUGCCAACAACAUCUGCAACUACGUUCUGGAGUAUUCUGAAGGGCUCCUAUCCCAUGAACUCCCGCGAGAGCAUCUAUUCGAGCUUGCUGGAGCUUACUUGGAAAGUUCUCGGUCUUUGGCUGUUAUCUUAUCUUGCUUGAGCAAGACAGACAAGAAUGAGGAGCUUCCGCCUGUCUUACAGGUUGAGAUGUUGGAGAAAAGGCUCGGGCAACUCAAAGAAGGGCCACUAUCAACUCAAAUUCAUUCCGACGAACUUCAGCCAAGGAUGCCUACUUUUACCAAGGCAAGUAAGAUCACUGCUGCGACCUCUCAGGUCGACUAUACCCAGGGGACGCAUGAGUCUAGGGCUCCAGAACCUUUGAGAACUCUUCAUCCCGAUCAAGCCAAUCCCGCCUGGCUUCAUGCUCUGCAACAAUCCUUAGCCAGCCCCACUGCUGCCGCUCCUACGCGGUACACGUGUGCAUCAGAAAACGUCAUUCCCGGUAACCUCGGACAUACCGGACCUAUUGCUCUUCAAGUUGGCCUCGCACCCGUUAUACCACGGUGGGCGAGGUCUCAAACGGUCAAUUUUGCCGCACUAGCGAACGGGUAUCCACGUUCGGAACUCGCUCUCCUCGCUGCAAACGCCCUACGAGACGCUGCAGAGGAGUGGAACCAGCUUGACCUAGGCGUAAAGUUCCAAUGGGUGGAGAAGAUACAGGAUGCCUCAUUCAUCCUUUGCUAUGGAGGAGACCGGGGUGAGGCACUCGCGCAGGCCUUCUUUCCCACUGAAAAGCAGCUGAGCACUCUUGACGUUUACUCGGCUUCAUUCCGACCCGGCACAGUGCAGUAUCUGAAAAAUAUAUUCUUGCAUGAGCUCGGCCACGUCUUGGGAUUCAGACACGCUUUCGCGCCGAACUUUGAUGUGGACGAAGAGACCAUCGAGUUCGGACCGAGAAGUCCGACUUCGGUCAUGGGCUAUGAGUUCCCGCCACAGAUCCAGGCUACUGACAGGGAAAGCGCGGUGGCCUUCUAUAGUUUUCCUGGACCCUCCCUACGCGUGAAGGACAGCCAGGUGUCAAUUAGGGAUUAUAGCGCAAGAUAA